ACUCCGUCGAAGUCCAGGAUCCUGCGUGGGGUCCGCUCCAGGCUCCUAGAUUGUGAGGAGGGGUACAGUGCGGAUAACCCGGCGAUCGGGUCGCACCCAGGGGGCAGCCUCCCUGGGCGCCGGGCUGUCAUGGAGGCCAACGCCUCAGCCCGGCUGGCAGGCAUCUCUGCACGGCCUCAGGGCUGAAACGCGCCAUUCUCUGGUGAAGAUGUGGGUCCACAGGCGCUUCAGGCUGCUCUUGCUCACCAUCUGGAUCUUGAACACCGGGUUCUCGAAUUCUGCAUCUCCAAGUGAACGUAUUCUGUGGAGCAGUGAAAAUGCUAAUGGACAAUCUCUGGGAAAAAAGUCCAUUAGGGAAGCUCUGUUAAAUUUUUUCUUUCCAACAACAUGCAUUCCAAAGGAGAAUCAGGUUGUGAAGGCUUGCAAUAAGCUGCAAGAUUAUAACAAGAUUGAAUGUUUGGAAUACAAAUGCUGUUAUUCAUCAUUCAGGACCAAUAACUUCAGCUGCUUUGCCCCAUUAAAAGAUAAGCCUACACAGAUGUUCCGGAUGUUUGGGCUUGGUGUGAUCAGCAUGAUCAUCCUGGGAUGUCUGCCCAUUUAUUGCUGCUCUUUUUGCCGGAGGAGUAAAUGGGCCAAUCCUUUACGAAGGAGACUCAACAGAAUUUUAAAGGGUUUGAAGAAACAAAGAAAGAAAAUAAAGAGGGAUGCUGAAAUGUUAAGGACAGCAGUAGAAGAGGAGGAAGGUUUAGGUGAUGAAAAAGAGCAAGAGACCAAAGCCCCAGUUACAGAGAAGCAGAGGAGUGGAAUAACAGACCACUGAUCUUGGUGUCAGGAGACUCUGGCCUUAGUCUCAGUUCUGCCAUUAUGUACAGUGGGAGCUUGGGCAAUUCCCUUA